GUGAGGGCGGGCUGUGAACGCCUCCGUCGAAAGCGCUGCUCGAGCGGCUGGCUCUGCGUGUGCUUAUGGAGCGCUCCUCUCGCUGAUAAGGGGAAGGACUGCUCGUCUGAUGGUUGCUGAACUGCAGACACAUUGCAUCGCAAGUGCUUGAGCACAGAUUUAAGUGUCAGGCAUGAUUAAUUGCCUGUGGUAUGACAUGAAAAAGUUCUAAAAAGUGUCGAAAUGGAGAAAUCUGAUUGGAAGAUGAUUAUUUUGAUACAAGCAAUUAUUUUCUCAAAUAUUGCCCUCUGUAGGACAG